CUCUCAUCAAACUUACAUAUCAAACAGUACUCUGAAACUUUUAUUGUUCUGGUGACCCAAAAUGAAGAGUAGCGUUUCCAUUUGUUUUGUGUUGUUGAUGUUAACAAUCUCAUGUGCAUCAUCAGCUGCCGUAUCAAAAGAUAAAAAUCCUCCGAAAAAAUUCCUCAAGUGCAUCAACCGUUACUCUCCUGAGAUUUCCGGCCUUGUAUACACCCCUCAAAAUUCUUCCUUCAUUCCAGUCUUGAACUCCACCAUCAAUAAUUUGCGUUUUGAAAAACCUGACACACCGAAACCUCUAGUCAUUAUAAGGCCAGUAAACGAAUCGCAGAUCCAAACCGUGAUUCGGUGCUCCAAGAAAUAUGGCCUGGAAAUGAGGAUUCGGAGUGGUGGUCAUAGCUUCGAGGGCCUUUCUUAUGUUUCGCAUGUCCCUUUCGUUGUACUCGAUAUUAUUAAUCUCAAGUUAUUUAGCUUUGAUGCUGAAACCGAGACUGCGUGGAUCGGUUCGGGUUUGACUAAUGGUGAACUUUACUACAGGAUCGGACAGAAGAGUGAUACUCUUGGAUUUCCAUCUGGUUUAUUUGCGAAUGUUGGUGUGGGAGGGAUUUUAAGUGGAGGGGGUUAUGGUAUAAUGAUGCGAAAACACGGGCUUGCUGCAGAUCACGUCAUCGAUGCUCGGUUGAUCGAUGCCUAUGGGAGGAUUUUGGAUAGGAAAUCAAUGGGAGAAGAUUGGUUUUGGGCUAUUAGAGGAGGUGGCGGUGGUAGCUUUGGAGUUGUUCUUUCCUGGAAAGUAAAACUAAUUAAAGUUCCGAAAAUUGUGACCGUUUACAAAGUUUUCAGAACAAUAGAGCAAAAUUUGACAAGCAUUUUCUACAAGUACCAAGAAGUUGCACCGAGGCUCCCGAAAGAGCUUGAAAUCAAGGCGGAUGGACAGUGUGUCCUGAGCAAUGCAAGUGCUAGAGCCGAUAAGAAAACGAUGACCUUCUUAUUCGAGGCCUUAUACUUGGGCCGAGCUGAUGGGAUGCUCUCCGCGAUGGAAGGCCAGUUCCCGGAGCUUGGUGUGAAACGAGAAGAUUGUUUUGAAGUAAGCUGGAUUCAGGCCAUGGUGUACAUGUCAGGAUUUCCUUUGUUCACGCCUCCUGAAAUAUUGCUAGACUUGACAGUUCUACCUCGACCCGCUUUCAAAUCGAAUAAUGACUACACUGAAGUACCAAUUCCAGUAGAAGGGCUAGAAGGUAUAUGGGAUCUCAUGUAUGAACUGCCUCCAACAAAAGUAACUUUGCAGUUUACACCUUAUGGAGGAAGAAUGGAUGAAGUUUCGGAGUCUGCACUGCCGUUUCCUUAUAGAGCUGGAACCUGGUUCAAGUUUAACCGGUUUGCAGAAACGGAUACAGAUGAAGCUAUUCGCAUGAAAUGGAUCAAAAAGUUGGCAAAAUAUUUGACUCCUUAUGUUACCAAGAAUCCGAGAAGUGCAUAUGUUAAUUAUGUUGACCUAACCAUGGGGACGAACAACCCCAAAGGCAUCACAAGCUACAAACGGGCAAGUAAAUGGGGAAAACGCUACUUCAAGAACAAUUUUGACAGGUUGGUUAAAAUCAAAUCAGUGGUGGAUCCUGAAAAUUUCUUUAGACAUGAGCAAAGUAUCCCUCCUAUUCCUGCCGGAAAAUUUUAAAGCUAGGAUUUAAGUUUCUCUCUGUGUAAUUGUGUUUGGUGAUUCUUCUCAUAAUUGUUGUUGGUUCUGUUUGUGAUCCAUAAAUAAAGAUAGUAAAUUUACUAUUCUUCUAUCGUAAUGAUUAACAUAGCAAGCCUGUCCAUAAUCCUGGUUUUCCUUA